AUGUCAAAUUCAAAUAUACCCAAUAACAAUGAUAUAAAUCAAAAUAUACCUGAAACAACAAGUAACACAAUAUUAAAUAAUCAACCUUUAGUAACUGAUCCAAUUAUAAUUCAAACUCAAGAUGAUGCCACAGAAGUUACUACUCCAUUAGCAAUACCUAUAACUGGUGAUAACUUGUACAACAAUAGAAAAACUGAUUCAUUAGAAAGUUUUAGGAUUGAUGAUCAUGAUUGGGAAUCAAUAAAUAUAGAUCUGAAUUCAAAUCCUUCGAUACUACAAAAGAUAAAGCAUUAUUUAGUCAAAUUUUAUAAUUCAGUGAUAUUACCAAAUGUUGGGAUAUCAUUAUUAUUAAUUUCACAAUUUUUAAAUAGUAUAAUGGUAACAACAUGUAAAUUAUUAGUCACUAACAAGGAUUUCAAUGAACCAAUUCAUCCUUUACAAAUAUUAUUUGUUAGAAUGUUUAUAACAUACAUCUGUUGUUUGAUAUACAUGUUCGUCACAAAAGCAAUAGAACAAGCACCGUUUGGACCACCAAAAUUAAGAAAACUUUUGAUGAUUAGAGGUUUAGUUGGAUUUUUUGGAGUUUUUGGAAUGUAUUUUUCAUUAAAAUAUUUAAGUUUAUCAGAUGCUGUUUCAAUUACUUUCUUGGUGCCUAUGUCAACUGCAUUUUUAGCAUUUGUUAUAUUAAAAGAAAAAUAUUCAAUAUUGGAAGCAGUUUGUUCAUUAUUAUCAUUAGGUGGUGUCUUGUUAAUCGCUAAACCUUCUUUCAUAUUCGGGGCAGAACUGGAGAAAGAAAAUAACGGAGAUGAAUCUAUUGAAAGUUCAUCAUCGGAAAAAAGGAUAAUAGCUACAGUUGUUGGAUUAAUUGGAGUUUUGGGAGCAAGUUCAGUAUAUAUAGUAUUGAGAAAAAUUGGUAUGCAUGCACAUCCAUUAUUAUCAGUAAGUUAUUUUGCAUUAACUUGUUGUAUUAUAACUUUUUUCAGUAUAUUGGUUAUUCCAUCAUUAAGUUUUGUAUUACCAUCAAAUACUUAUCAAUGGUUUUUAUUUUCAGUUAUUGGAUUUUCUGGAUUUUUUAUGCAAUUUUCAUUAACUGCUGGAAUACAAAGAGUUAAAGCAGCAAGAGCUUCCCUUAUGACUUAUACGGGUAUGAUAUUUGCAAUACUAUGGGACUUCACAAUUUGGCAUCAUUUACCAGGUGCACUCUCAUUCUGUGGUAUUGCUUUAAUUAUAGGUAACGCAUUUGUUAUAUUAAAAUUUAAACCAGAACACAAAGAUGAAUCACAAUCUUCUGGAAAUCAAAAAGUAAGUGACUUGGAACAAAAUGGUAAAUAUGAUGAGCUAAAUAAUGAUAUUGCAAUGCAAGAUUUUAUUAUUACUGAUGAUGAAGAAGAUGAAAGUUCAAGUAGUGAUUCAGGUAGGAAUAAUAAUAAUCCGAAAAAUUAUUAA